AUGACAACGUACGGGACUAUCACGACCGAACCCCUGCCAUCAUCGAACCAACAUUUCGUCACACGCGCAAAAGAACAGAUCCAGACAGGCCUAGAGAACCGAAGACCAUGGCUGGAGAUGAUACAACUGCAAAAUCUCACCCUUCCCUCCACCUUCAACCAAUCAAUCCACAGAAUCAAGACGAACGUCGCCUUCUAUCGCAUGAACUAUGCCAUCAUCACAUUGUUCAUCCUCUUCCUGAGCCUCCUAUGGCACCCUAUUUCGUUGAUCGUCUUCGUUGUCAUGAUGGUUGCAUGGUUCUUUCUAUUUUUCCUGCAUGACCAACCCUUGAUGAUUCUAGGGUACCGAAUCAACGAACGAGUGGUGACGAUGGCUCUGUUGGUGGUCACAGUCGUCGCACUUUUCCUUACCAAUGCGAGAUAUCAUAUCGUCGCCGGACUCUCCAUUGGCCUCACGGUUGUUCUGGUGCAUGGAGCUCUGAGGGUGCCUGAGGAUGUCUUCAUUGUGGAUGAUGAAGAAGGGCUUGGAUCAGGUGAAGGUGGUGCACAUGUUCUCAAACUGCCUCUCAAACAUGCUGCCUCUUCUUCUUAUUCUUUGGCCAAAUAA